AUGGCUCCGAAGUCGCGAGCAAAGAGAACCAACAAAUCCGCCCGUAAAGCCACUGCUGGGACCUCCCCUGAAACUCCUGCUGCAACCACCGCAGUGACCACAUCCGCCGUCGUCGAAACCACUCCCUCGGAAAUCACAAUCGACGUUGAAACCACUCCCUUUGAUACCUCUGCCGAAACUGCUCCUGAAACCAACCUUGCAACAAUCCACCCGGAAACCACCACUACCAUCGUCGAUACCACUCCUCUAGAAACUUCCGCUAGAACCUCUCCGGAAACCACCAUUGCAACAAUUCCUCUGGACACCACUGCAACGGAAACAACUGUUGGGACUUCUGCUCAAGAGGCCUCGGGUAAACUGUCCGAACAAGAGACGGCUGAUAAAUCCACAGAGCAGGAAAUAGCGGACAAAACUGCUGUAAAACAGGUCGUUAAGAAGACUGUAAGAAAAGUGAAGAAAGUGAUUAAGAAGAAGGUUCUCAAACGAGUCCCGAAGGCUCAAGAUGUCUCUUCUAAUUGCAGUGUAGAAUUACCAAAACCAGAGCUUCCUCUGCGCAAUGGCGAGGGAAAUAAUCCUUCGGUUUCGGGUCUAGUUGAAGUUGAAAACUCUAAGCAAUCCCAGCUUCCUGAGCCCAAAGGUUUUAAAUCAGUUUCGGCUGUAGUUCAGAGUGACGAGGUUACCAAAACUCAGCUCAAUGUGCAAAAUGCGGAGCCGGUUGGAACUCGGAAUGAUGGAUGUGAAGAUGGAAACAUUGAUGGUGAUUCUGGUGUUGGAGGUGAUGGUCAAGAAUCGGUACUCAAGGAAGAGGUGGAGAAUUGUGAGGAUGGUGGUGGUCCUAAGGAGGAAGAGGUGGAGAAUUGUGAGAAUGGUAGUGGUCAUAAGGAGAAAGAUGACAAGGGGAAUGGUGCCGUUAGGGACGAGGAAACAGAUGUUUCAGAGCGGCGUAAGAGGAGGAAAACUGAGAUUUUUAUUGGGGGACUUGGUAAGGAUGCCAAGGAGGAAGAUAUAAGGAAGGUUUUCGAAAAGAUUGGAGAAAUUGUGGAGGUUCGGCUGAUGAAGCAUAACCAGACUGGGAAGAAUAAGGGUUAUGCGUUCUUGAGGUAUGCCUCGGCAGCUGAUGCGAAAAGGGCUUUGACUAAAUACUCCAAAGUUGAGAUUUGUGGAAAGCAAUGUGGAACUGAACCUGUGGGGGUAAAUGACAGAAUAUUUCUCGGUAAUAUUGAUAAAAAAUGGAAGAAAGAAGAUAUUGUUAAGCUGCUGCAUGAUAUUGGAAUUGAGAAAAUUGACACAAUCACAUUAGUUACUGAUCCGAAUAAUGCUGAAUAUAAUCGUGGAUAUGCAUUUCUUGAACUUGAUACUAACAAAGAUGCGCAAAGUGCUUACAAGAAGCUUCAAAAGAAGGAUGCUUUUGGAAAGGGACGGAAUAUUAAAAUUGCUUGGGCUGAACCUCUGAAUGAGCCUGAUGAAGAGGAGAUGCUGAAGGUAAAAUCAGUUUAUGCUGAAUGUUUACCAUCCUAUUGGGAUGAGAAGGAUGUAAAGAAGCAUUUUGAAAAAUUUGGAGAGAUUGAUAGAGUUGUUCUUGCACGUAAUAUGCAUUCAGCUAGGAGAAAAGAUUUUGCCUUUGUUAACUAUACAACUCGUGAAGCUGCUCUUGCAUGCAUAGAGUCAAUCAACAAGGAAGGGUUGACUGAUGAAAGGACCAAGUUAAAUGUGAGGGCAUCACUUGCAAAACCUAUACCGAAAGGUAAGCAAAACAAAGGUGGUUCAAGGCCAGUUACAAAGGAUCAUUCCAAAGAGAAGCCAAAGACAGCCCAACGUGACACAAACCUAAAUGCAUCCUCCAACAAAGCAAUGUCUGAAGUAGUUUAUGGUUAUACGAGAGACAGAAGAUCUUCUACUUCCCAUGAACUUACACAGGUUUUGAGGGAACAGGCACCUUGGAGGCCAGGACAGAUAAGUUUGAGCAGAGGCUAUAGAGAUCAAGAUUAUGCAUACCCCAUGGCUGGAGGGAAACGCUCAUUUUCUGCGCUGGGAGGUGAUGUACAUUUUUCAGACCCACGAUCAUAUCCUCGUGCAUGUUUGGAUAGUUCUUUUUCAAUUCCAAGCUCCAGUAUAUUAUCCCAAGGUAUAAGUGGAGCAUCCCUCCUCUAUUAUCAGCCAUCAAUACCUGGUCACAAACCCGAUUCACCUUAUGGGUCUGCAGAUCAUUCAAGAUAUCUCCAGACAAAACUAGGAGCUGCUCCCUAUGGAAGUGGCCUUUAUCGUAAAUACUGACAAAUAUCCAUUGGAUCAAGCUAGCUAGCAGAGUCGCAGUAUUGAUACUUGUUUGCUCUUUCUAACAUUUGUUAGAUCAAGACUUAUUGUUGUUGAUUUACUCAGAAAUUCACUUUUCUUUGGACCGGAUGGCAAUGUUAGGAUUAUUGGAACUUGAAAAGAAUCAAAUCUCAACUCAGCGUAGUCAACAGUUUUUUCCCACCUUCAUUGUAAAUCUUGAAAUCAGGGCAGUCAAUUUAUUUUCAGCAUG